AUGAAUCGGCUUUUCCUCGUCGCCAUCGCAAUCGCAUCCUUGCUGUCCACCACAUCAGCGGACGACUUUCGUCUUGUCAAACGCGACUGGCGGGCCGAUGCCCCUGGCCAUCCCAAACGCGCACCACCUGCCAAGAGAGGACCGCCCGAGGACGGCGAAGACAAGGUGCCCCUCGUCGUAACCAACAAAUGCGAAGCAACGAUAUGGCCCGGUCUAGCCACCCAGGCUGGCACUGGCCCGGGCACAGGGGGCUUCGAGCUGGAACCAGGCAAGAACAAGACAAUGUGGGUUGGAUCCGACUGGCAGGGCCGUAUCUGGGGUCGAACCAACUGCACCGUCAAUGGUGAAUCCUGCGCCUGCAAAACGGGCGACUGCUUCGCGAAAUUGGACUGCGAGUUCAGCGGAGCGCCCCCAGCGACCCUUGCCGAGUUCAACCUCGCCGGCGGAGUUGACGGCAUGCAAACGUUUUACGACAUCUCCUUGGUCGACGGAUACAACUUGCCUAUGGGCAUCAGCUAUAUCCCUGCCAAGAACACGACGUACAUUCCGCCUAACCUGACAAACUGCGCUUGCAUCGCGACCGAGGGCUGGCUAUUUGCCAAAGCUCCCACGGGCACCUUUUACGCCAACUCGUCAUUUCCCGUGCCGCUCGAGGCCAACGAGACCAACGAGAGCGACUGCUGCAUUGGCAAGUACCACGACCCCAAUAUUUGCAAGCCGUCGCGCUACAGCACCUCGGUCAAGACGGUAUGCCCGGAUGCCUACAGCUUUGCCUUUGAUGACCAGAAGUCGACCUUUAUCGUUCCCAAGGGCGGCGGCUGGGAGGUCGUCAUGUGCCCGGUCGGACGGUCGACUAACAUUCUGCGUCAGCUGGGCAAGGAGCUGUUUGAAAUUGCGAGCGGCGGCAGGUUAUCGGAGCCGUCUAUGAAGCGGCUGCGGGAUAUCGGCUAUAUCGAAGCCGCGAGGGGAGCCGCGGGCAGUGUACGGCAUCUCAGCCCAGCGCUCACGAUUCUGACAGCUGCUCUCGCCGUCGUGUGGUCUGCGCUAUAA